AUGGAUCCGUCGGAGUAUUUCGCCGGCGGCAAUCCUCCCGAUCAACAGACUCCAAAACGUCAGCUUCAGAUCUCUGGUCCUCGUCCUUCACCUCUAAGCGUCAACAAAGACUCUCACAAGAUCAAAAAACCUCCCAAACACCCUGCUCCUCCGCCUCAGCACCGCAACCAAGCGCCGCCGUACGCCGCUCGAGAGCCGGUGGUUAUCUACGCCGUUUCUCCAAAGGUCGUGCACACCACAACCUCCGACUUCAUGAACGUCGUCCAGCGUCUCACUGGAAUCUCCUCGGAGGUCUUCCUCGAAUCAAGAAACGACGGAGACGUAUCACCGGCGGCGAGAUUGGCCGCGACGGAGAAUGCUAGCCCGAGAGGAGGAAAGGAACCGGCGACGGUGGAAAUCUCGACGGCUAUGGAAGAAGCAGCAGAAUUCAGUGGUUAUGCGCCGGGAAUACUCUCGCCGUCUCCGGCUAUGUUACCGACAGCUUCCGCCGGAAUAUUCUCACAGUCUCCGAUGUUUCAACUAGGUGGGUUGUUCUCGCCGGCGUUACCACCGGGAUUAUUUUCACCGGGGGGACUAAUGAGCCCUGGUUAUGCUAGUUUAGCUGCUUCACCAACUUUUGCAGAUUUCUUCAGUCACAUUUGGGAUCUUUAG